UUAUACCAGAUUAGUAAUUUGUUAUAACAGAUUAAUAAUCUGUUAUAACAGAUUAGUAAUCUGUUAUAACAGAUUAAUAAUUUGUUAUAACAGAUUAUUAAUUUGUUAUAACAGAUUAAUAAUUUGUUAUAACAGAUUAGUAAUUUGUUAUAACAGAUUAAUAAUUUGUUAUAACAGAUUAGUAAUUUGUUAUAACAAAUUAGUAAUUUGUUAUAACAAAUUAAUAAUCUGUUAUAACAAAUUAAUAAUCUGUUAUAACAAAUUAUUAAUCUGUUAUAACAAACUAAAAAAAAGAUACUGCUGCGGCCCUAAUAUGCUUCCGUAAUUUGUUGUGGUCUAUAGGAAAUAAAAUGACUAUGGACCGAAAGUUUAUAGGACUUUAAAGUUAGUUUCGCACACUGUAUAUAUAUAUUAUGUAUCUAUAGUGGAAAGAUCUAAUCACUCUUACGAUAACCUCGUAGCAUAGCACUUACAUAAUAAUUGGAAGAAAACAAAACAAACAAACCAAAAAACUAAAAGCAAAAAAAAAAAAAAAAAAAAAAAAAAAAGAAACCCCACAACAACAAACAUAAAAAAGAAACAAAAACAAAGUAAAUAGACAGACAACCAGUUUAAUUACACUUCAUUUAAAAUCAAAACAUCAAGAUUGGUCAUUUGUACACAGGGUUUGACAUUUACUUUUUUGAGCACUAGACCAGUCGGGCUACUUCAAAUGAUUUUUACUAGACCUGACUUUAUAUCCACUAGCCCUGACCAACUUUCCAGAAAUAAAUACUUCAUGUAAAUGACAAACGUUUACGACGUAAUUUAUUAACUUGAUAAACACUUUAUUAUAGUCAAUUCAAAUAAACUGUUUAAAAUUAACAUCGAGUAGAUGUCGUAAAACAUCACUACCGACCGCGAUUUAUUUUUUAGAGUUAAAAAUAGAGAUUAUUCCACCACAUGGUUCAAGAUUGGUAGUUUCUUGUUUAUUAUUUAACACGACCAGUCGGACUAGUAAAUCGACAUUUUACCCGACCAGACCUAUUAUUUAGUAGACUCGGUCGGUCGGACGUGCUUUAGUGUCAAACCCUGGUACAUUUCAUCGGUGUAAUUUUUAUUGAAUACAGGCAUUAUUUAUAAGAAGUAUGUGUAAACAAGGAUUAACGUUUUUCUUUUAAAUCAUAAAUCAAAGCAAAUAUCUUAUGCCGUGUUGUAUAUAUUUCUAUAGUAAAGUAAAUAGAUCAGGAUUUUUUUUUUUUUUUUUUAGGCGUGUGCUUGUGUUCUUAAUAUUGUGUAAGCCCAUUCCAAAUCGUUCUACGCAAUCGUUAAUGUCUACCGCUCGCUUUUGAUACCCAAUGUGUACGACCCCCGGAUGUUUUUCAAAAAUUCUGACCGACAUGAUGUUUUCUACAGCAAAAGGAAAACGAGCGUGCCUUCUUUCAAGCUUUGAAAGGAAAUCAAGCAACAAUGAUAUUUGUUAUCGGCCACUGGAAAAAAAUUACCCAAUUUUAAUGAAUGAACGGACUUGCAAAUCGCCGGUUGAGGUGUCUAUAUUUCUGGAUUUUGACUGCUGUAGUUUGGCAAAGCCCAAUAUGUAAGUAAAUAGAAUGACAGGGGGGAAUGUAGAUCUGGGAGUUCCGAUAACAUAUCCGGCGGAUAUUCCAUUGCUGAAGCGCAACUCGAAUGCAAAGACUAACACCAAAGCACAUCUAAACAACACAAUACACAUACCGAUCGACUCGAACAGAUUGGAUGUUUUCAAGGAGGUCGGCGCUUGAUGUAAACAAAACAGUGAGUGCGUUCCGAUCGACUAUUAUUUACCGUUCUCGCAUCGUUCGAAAACAUGGCAGAUACCGCAGCUCCCGCGAAAAAGAAGGUUUCCAAGCCCAAGGUGCCCGCAGCGCACCCAAAAUACAUCGACAUGAUCAAGGCUGCCCUCGGGUCACUGAAAGAGCGUGGUGGAUCUUCUAGACAAGCCAUUCUUAAGCACCUGAUGGCCAAUUAUAAAGUGGGCAAUGACGUCAACUCCAUCAAUGCCCACCUCAAAAUGGCCCUUAAGAAUGGAGUCAAAAAGGGUGCUUUGAAGCAAGCCAAGGGUAAAGGUGCCAGCGGCUCCUUCAAGCUUGGAGAUAAGCCCAAGGCUGAGCAGAAGCCUAAAGCCAAGAAAGUAGCCAAACCAAAGGCUGCCAAACCUAAGAAGGCUGCUGCUGCUGCCAAGCCCAAGAAGGCGGCCGUAGAGAAAAAAGUGAAGAAGACGCCAAAGAAACCAGCCGCACCCAAGAAGACCAAGACUCCCAAGAAGAAGCCCGCAGCCAAGGCCCCCAAGAAGGCCAAGAGCCCCAAGAAGCCCGCCGCCAAAAAAUCCAAGACCCCCAAGAAGGCCGCCGCCAAGAAAUAAGCAGUCUUUGCAAUAUUCCUGCACAGAGUGUUUACUCACAAAACAAAAGCCCUUUUUAGGGCUACCAACAUUUUUAGAAAAGAUGCUGUUCUUACACGUGUGAGAGAAAUGCGUUUCUACGUCAUUUAAGUGAAUACUGAUUCAAGCUGUUUUAACGUUUUCAUACUUUGAUUUACUUGUCCUGCAUGGCAUUCAGUUAAAAGAGGGAGGGGGAGAGGAAACUAACCCACGCUUUUACAAACAACAUGACAUUUUUUUAUCUGAUUUAUUAACUCUCCCUUCCUAAAGCUGUAGGGUAAGAAAUAAGAUGGAGACCGGUGAAUUAUGACAACAUAUAGUACAGUACCUGCAUCAUUGAGUCCUCAUUCGUUUGAGUAAAGCUAGCUGAAUUGAAACAUUCAUAUAUAUAUAUAUAUAUGCAUUUCCUAUACAUACAAUGGCUUGAUUGUUUUCAUUCGGUUUAUUGUCCGAUAAGAAAACAAAAAUUAAAAGUAUCAUCCGUGGA